AUGGAUGUUAAUAAUGCUUUCCUUCACGGUACUAUCUCCGAGGAUCUUUAUAUGUCUCAACCUCCUGGCUUUGUUCAUCCACAGUUUCCUACUUACGUGUGCAAGCUUCACAAAUCUCUUUAUGGCCUCAAACAAGCUCCGCGAGCCUGGUACAAUGCUCUUCGUAAUUUCCUUAUUAGUUAUGGCUUCACAAAUUCCAGGUCUGAUACUUCCUUAUUUGCUUAUCAUUGGGCUGAUACUAUUGCCUAUUUUCUUGUCUAUGUUGAUGACUUACUGCUUACUGGUAAUAACAUGGUAUUUCUCUCCGAGUUUCAACAUGAUUUGGCUUCUCAAUUUGCUCUAAAAGAUCUUGGUACUCCGCAUCAUUUUCUUGGGGUUGAGAUUCUUUCGGUAUCAGCAGGUCUUUUUCUAACUCAGCACCAUUGCAUUCGUGAUCUUCUUCAAUCCACUGCCAUGAAUGAUGUGAAACCUAUUACAACACCCAUGAGUACUUCAUGUGACCUCUCUGCUAAUUCUGAUGCUUCCACUUGUAACGUUUCUGAGUAUCGUCGGAUUGUUGGGUCCUUACAGUAUUUGUCGUUGACACGUCCUGAUGUUUCCUUCAGUGUUAAUAAGCUCUCUCAAUAUAUGGCUGCUCCAACUGAAUCUCAUAUGCAAUUUGCCAAAAGAGUUCUUCGGUACCUCAAAGGCACUAUUGACCACGGUCUUCAACUUCGGCAUGAAUCAAAUCCUCAUUUAACUGCCUUCUGUGAUGCUGAUUGGGCAGGUGAUACUGUUGAUCGUCGUUCCACGACUUCCUACAUCAUAUAUUACGGCUCUAAUGCCAUCUCCUGGUCAUGUAAAAAGCAGCCCUUAGUUGCCAAGUCCUCCACUGAGGCUGAAUAUCGCACCAUUGGUACUACAGCUGAUGAAUUACUUUGGCUACAAUAG